CGUGAAUAAUAGCCUGAUAUAAAAAGAGCGUCCGUUUCGGCAGGACAGAUAGUAGUUUUGCUCGUGUAGUAGCGUAUAUUCGUACGAUGAAUGAACGAGAAGCGUGCGUCCUAUGAAAGGCGAGCGUGUGAUGUAUAGUAGUGUACGUGAAAGGAGCGAAAUGGGAGCGACCAAGAAAAGAAAGGAACCUAACCAUCGGGGUCAAUGAUACUUCCCUUCUCCGUCACAGAUUAUCAACCGAACUCGAAUCGAUAGAAAGAUGUAAUCCUGAGCCAACUGGGAUGGCAGGAUGGCUUCCGAAUUCCUGUAGCUAAUGAAGAGAAUAAACAUCUUGAGGAAGAGGUUGCUAGAAAGACUAAAUACAAGAUUUCUUUAAAUGAGAAGCUGGAGAGUCUUGAGGAACGGCUAAAGAUGAUGAAAAAAUAUGCCUGUGAUGUAGCCAUGCGGCGCGAUUUCAAUCAGAAGUUGCUUGCAGAACAUUUGGCUCAGAUGGAGACAGAGGAUCAUCUAUAUCGACUCAGUGGCAACAAGGAAUCGUUACUACGUCAAGAAGUGCGCCAAUUUGAAAAAGAAUGGGCGGAUGUGAAUCGCAGAGUAUCAAGCAUAGAAAAAGAAUUGUUAAAAAUUACAAACAAGCUAGUUAAGGCAAAACAAACAGUUCAUUUCGACGAAGAUAAUUUACGCAAGUGUGAGGAGAUGCUCACACAGAAGGAAGAGGAUAAUCAACUGAUAGAGAGUUAUAUGAAGCACGAUGCACAAAAGUACAAGGAAUUGGAGCAAAACCGGCAGAAACUUAGCGAAGAGCUUGAAACUUAUCGCCAAGCUAUUGUUAAAGCCUUUGACGAAGUACAAGAGAUGGAGAUUGUUCUGGAUCGGACAACAAAAUUGUAUAUGGAAGCGUUAAAAGAGCGCAGGCAGAUGAUAAAUCAAUGGACGCAAAGCGUUAACGUUCUGCGACAAAGGGAUAAUGAUAUACAAAAUAGUCUAAAAGAAAUUGAAACAUUACGAGAAAUCGAUAGAGAGAAAAAGAAUAAUCUCGAAGAAAUAGAGAAGUUUUUAAAAGAUCAAAUUAUAAAUAAUAAACAGUUGGAGGAGCUGAUUAAACAAUCGGAGAAGGAACUUUUCGCGAACCGAGAGAAACAGCGUAAAAUCACAGAGGCGAUUGAUAUUUAUGCCAUUGAGGUUUAUAUUCAAAAAAAAUUAUUGGGGGAUUUGGGACGUCGUAUACAACAAGUCCGAGCUAAUGUGAAACGUAAAAAGAUUGAAAUCGAGAACAAAUCUAUAAAAGUAGACAAUUGCAAAAAACGGAUCGAUGAUCUAAUAUCGACUUUAGAGGAAAUAGAGAGUCAAAAGUUAAACGUUGAAGAGAGAACAAAACGCUUGGAAAAGAUGAUAGAACAUGAUGAGAAACGGAAAUCCGUGAUUGUCAAGGAAUUGAAUCGGCUGCAAGUCGCAAUUUUACGUACAACAAAGAAAAUUGGAGAAUUGGAAAAUGAAAGAAAGACGAUUCAGGCACAAAUUCAGGGCGAAAACAAGAAAAUCGAUCUGUUUGCCGGAUUGCUAGCGAAAGAGAAGAAACUACUAAAUGAGAAAAAGGAAGAUCUCUAUCGAGUGGAAUUUAAUCUGCAAAAGGGCGAGAUAAAACUCGAGCGAAUCAGAGGGUAUGAACGCGACAAGAGCGAAGCCGAAAGGAAGCAGAGGAAAAUUGAGGAGCUGCAAGUUGUACUGGACGAGAGAACAGCCACGUCUAAAUUGCUGCAAAACCAACUCGCUAGUUUAGAGCAUGACAUGAAAAAACUAUCCAUUUGUUUAUCAAACGAGAACGACGAAGUCGAACGCUUGCGGAGCAAGAAGCAGGAUCUGCUGUUGCUCUUGGACGGAGGUGAGAAGCGAAUAAAGACUGCGCAAUCUCGGAACGAGGAAAGACAGGUGGAGGAAAAUAUAAUGCGUCUUCGAGUAUCACAGCUCGAGCGAAUGACGUUGAAUGUGACCGAUAAAGUUUACGAUUUAGAAAAGUAUCGUCUUCAUCUCGAAGCGGCACUUAAGGAGCGCGCGGCGGAAAUCGCAGCGCAGAAAGAGGCGCUCAUCGUGCAAAAGAGAGUUGCUAACAACGAAUGCUCGGAACUGCGGGCUGCUAUCACUGAAAGAAAAAGCAGAAUACGGCAGUUACAAGUGCGAUAUGAUAGUAGUGUUGCUAUGUUCGGUGCCACUCCGGAAGGGUUGCCAAUGACCACGGCAUAUCUGAAAAUACAAAGCGCCCAAGAGCGAUAUUUGUUGCGAGAGCGAGGUGACAAACUGGACGAAGCCAUCGGACGAACUGAGCAGGAGAUACGUAGUAUGGAGAACACAUUACGUGUCGUAAACGUGUGUAAUGAUAAGUAUAAAGACAAUAUCUCGGCGGUCGACCAGGACGCACCGGAAUGGAUAGAACAGAAGACACUCGACGAGCAAAUGCGUGAUGCACGGCAAAAAUUACACCAAAAGCAAACACAACUGCAACAAUUGUCCGAUAAAUUACAGACAGCACAGAAUGAUUAUAGUCAAUUACUCGAUGACAUUGAGAGACUGAAAGAAGAGAAGGAAAAUAAGCAACAUUAUUUAUCAAAUAUUGAGAAACAAACAGUAGAACAGGGAGAGAAGAUAUCCAGGGCCGAUAAGAGUCUUCGUAAAGCGCAAAAGGAUAUACAAAACUUAUAUAUUCUUAACAAAGACGACAUCAUACUUUUACAGCAGAGAGAGGUGGAUUUGCGCGAACUUCAAGAACAGAACGCGCUAGUUCUGCAAGACAUUGCAGAAUUCACGAUUCGUCAUGUAGAAGCUGAAGCGUAUGUUAAAAAAUUACUGAUGGCUAAAAAUAUCGAGCUGCCAAGCUUUCCUUCGUCAAUCAGAUCGUCCAUGAGUCCAUAUGGAAGUUCUGUAGGCUCGUUAGAUCAGCUUUCAAAGAGUACGAGCCGUACGAGUGUAUCGAGAGAGAGCAUCGGCAGUGUAGUUAAGAUAGAACCACAAUUUGAGAAAUCAGCAAAUAACAUCUCAAGAAAGAAUACAAAGUGUGAAUUGUAUCCUGCAAAAAUUAUGUCAAAACGAUCCUCUAGCAUACAAGAGAAGCAACAAUUAGGAAAAAAAUUGUGAUAAUGAUUCUGUUAAUAUAAUAAAUAAGAUUGUAUAAUGGAAGAAUUAAUCCAUGCUAUUUUUCAUAUAUUAAAAAAAAGCUUUUAAG